CAAGCGGCGCACCGUCAAAAUGGCGGCGGGCACGCGGAAACGCGGCCGGGGGGGACCCGCUGCCCGGGCGGCGGGACUCUGCGAGCAAUGGCUACGGCGCGUCUGGCAAGAGCGGCGCCUACUGCUGCUGGAGCCGCGCUACACGCUGCUGGUGGCCGCCUGCCUCUGCCUGGCGGAGAUACAGAGAUUGACUGGAAGGCCUACAUGGCUGAGGUGGAGGGUGUCAUCAAUGGCACCUAUGACUAUACCCAACUGCAGGGUGACACUGGACCUCUUGUGUACCCAGCUGGCUUUGUGUAUAUCUUUAUGGGCCUAUACUAUGCCACUGGCCAGGGCACUGACAUUCGCAUGGCCCAGCACAUCUUUGCUGUGCUCUAUCUGACCACCUUGCUGCUUGUCUUUUUGAUCUAUCAUCAGACCUGCAAGGUACCUCCCUUCGUCUUUUUCUUCAUGUGCUGCGCCUCUUACCGUGUCCACUCCAUCUUUGUGCUGCGACUCUUCAAUGACCCAGUGGCCAUGGCGUUGCUCUUCCUUAGUAUCAACCUUCUGCUGGCCCAGCGCUGGGGCUGGGGCUGCUGCUGUUUCAGCCUGGCAGUCUCUGUGAAGAUGAACGUGCUUCUCUUUGCCCCUGGGUUACUAUUCCUUCUCCUCACACAAUUUGGCCUCCGUGGGGCCCUCCCCAAGCUGGGCAUCUGUGCUGUCCUACAGGUAGUGCUGGGGCUGCCCUUCCUGCUGGAGAACCCAGUCGGUUAUGUAUCCCGCUCCUUUGACCUUGGCCGCCAGUUUCUCUUCCGCUGGACGGUGAACUGGCGCUUCCUCCCUGAGGCCCUCUUCCUGCAUCGUGCCUUCCACCUGGCACUGUUGGCCACCCAUCUCACCCUGCUCUUGCUCUUUGUUCUCUGCAGGUGGCACAGGACAGGGGAAGGUAUCCUGUCACUGCUGAAGGAUCCCUCCAAAAGGAAGGUUCCACCCCAGCCCCUCACACCCAAUCAUAGUUUCUACCCUCUUCACCUCCAACUUCAUUGGUAUCUGCUUCAGCCGUUCUCUCCACUACCAGUUCUACGUCUGGUAUUUCCACACGCUGCCCUACCUCCUGUGGGCCACGCCUGCACGUUGGCUCACACACCUGCUCAGGUACUGGCUGGGACACCCUGGGGGGUGGGGGAGAGGGAAGGGCUAGGGAGCUCCUCAUCCCAAGGCUGUGACCAUGGAGGGGCUGGGGGUGAGCUGAAGGGCUGGGGCCCAGGAACGACAAAACCUGGAGCUUAUUUCUCAUCUGCAGGUUGCUGGUGCUGGGGCUCAUUGAGCUCUCCUGGAACACAUACCCAUCUACGUCCUGCAGCUCUGCUGCCCUGCACGUGUGCCAUGCUGUCAUUCUGUUGCAGCUGUGGUUGGGCCCCCAGCCUUUCCCCAAGACCAUCCAGCACAGCAAGAAAGCCCACUGAGAUCUACCUCUACCCCAUUUUCAGGACCCUGAUGCAGAUGGACUCUGUGCCCUCCCUAAUAAACUUUACCAAGUCCAUUUCUGUGCAGCUUUCAUGGAGGUGCCUGGACCAAGCUGUGAGGGGCAUGUACACAGCAGAUAAAGAACUUAUUCAGGCAGUCCUAAGAGGCACUUUAUUGCAUAGGAUUUGGGGACUGUGGCUCUCUCCCUUUCCACUGCACUGCAUAGAGCUCAGAGGGGAACAGGCAGGGGGGUGGGAGGAGCAGGAGAGAGCACACGCAGGCACUUUCUGUGGGGGCAAGAGGAUUCUGGGAAGGGGAUGAGAAGCAGUGAGGGGUAGGC